AUAAAAAAUAAAAAAAAAGAAAACAUAAAAAAUAAAUAAAAAAAAACAGUUUUGGAUAAAGUUCCAAAAUCGUCGUUCUCUCCUCUCACAUUCAGAGUCCCCUUCUUAGUGGAAAAAACGAAGUGUCAUCUUCAGCUCCAGAGAGUCACAGAAAAACACUCACAAUUUGUAAGUUAAGAUAACCUUCCCUUUAAGAAAACCACCUACAUUCUACCCACUUACUAUACACUAUAACAUGAUAACUUAUUUAUGGCCUUUUUUUCUUCUUAUUAAACCCUUUUUUUUUUUCUAUCUUUUCUGGUAGUACCCACUUUCUUGUUUUCCCUUUUCUGUUAAGUUCUGCCUGCCCCCCUUCAAGGAAAAAUCUUUGUACUUUCCGCUUUACUUUUUGUUCUUAUUCAUGGGUUUUCUUUGUUUGGAGUAGUUUUAAUUCACAUUUUCAGUACUUUCAUGGAGCUUCCUCUGCCAUUUUCUCUGUUUAUUUAACAUUAAUUGGUAAAUUUUGACUACCUUUGCUAUUCUUUUAGCUUUAUGGUUUAUUAGCUCUUGUAGUUCAUGGGUAGUAAAUUUUCUUGUUUAUGUAUAGUGUUUCAUUCAUUGCUGUUUUAGUUCUUUUGUCCUUCUAAUGUGCUUAGUCUGUUUAUGUAACAAAAAAAGCUCAAGUCUUGAUCCCAAAAGCAAGUGGUUGUCCAUAUAAAUUGUAUUCUCCAUCCAUUUUGAGUAUCUACAUUUCAACCCAUAACUCUAAAUUCUUCAAAUGCUUUUUGGCUCCCUAUCUUCCGGGUCAUCUUCGGUCUUUCCACCCUCGUUUUAAGCCCCCGAGUUCCAACUUUUUAUCUACUUACCGGGUUUACCGGGUUUACUUAUACUCUUAUCAUUACACAAGCUCAAAUCAUAUUAAACAAUUCUCUUUCAUGUUAAAUGUGCUUAAUUUGUUUAUAAUUAUCCAAAAUUAUGAAUAUUUCUCCUGUUUUGCUGCUCUAUGAGUAUUCAUUUACUGUACUUUAUGCAUGCCUAAACUUAAGGAGUGUCUGUAAUUUGCUUUCUGCAGCUCUUUAAUAGCAUAAAUUUCUGAAAUUUCCAGUGAUCUGUACACGUGAGAAAAGAGAACACUGUGUAUUUGAUGAUAAACUUACUCAUGAAUCUGUAUUGAAGAUUUGAUCAAUUUUGCUCUAGAAGAGCUUGUUUUAGAAGUAGUAUUCAAGCCUACAUAGAGCAAAGAGGAAAAGAAAUUACUUAGUUUGGACUUUUAGGAUUUGUGAAGCUGAUUUAAGGGUAUAUCUCAAUUGAGCUUAGGUGAGUUUCUGUUGAAUUUUUGUGAGCUAAAUGCAUGGAGAGGGAAUCCAUGCCAAUGUCAGCACCGGAUGGCUAUUAUAUGCCGAGAGGAAUGAACGAGUUGCACGGGCCACAAGGUGUUCAUUCAUUGUCUAGUUCGGGGAUGCCUUACCAACCGAAUAUUGGGGGCAACUUGUCAGGACCGGGUUUAAUGGGGGAGCCUACUUCAACCGUGCUAUCUGAUGGCCGUGGUGUAGGAGGUGCACCUUCUUCAAUGCAGCUGGCUGCUACACCAAUGCGAAGGAAAAGAGGAAGGCCUCGGAAGUAUGGUGUUGAAGGGAAAAUGUCAUUGAACCUCUCCUCUGUAUCAGCUGCUCCUCGGGCUUUGAACACCUCAACUGAGAAACGGGGUAGAGGUCGACCUCCUGGCAGUGGAAGGAAGCAACUAUUGGCUCCCUUUGGAAAAUUGGUGUCUGGUUCAGCGGGUGGCGGGUUUACACCUCAUGUCAUCUUAGUUGCAACAGGGGAAGAUAUCGGUUCAAAACUCUUAGCAUUUGCACAACAAGGGCCUAGAGCUGUAUGCAUAUUGUCGGCGAAUGGUUCUGUCUCCACAGCAACUCUGCGGCAACCCUCAACGUCCAGUGGCACCAUCACAUAUGAGGGGCGCUUUGAUAUAUUAUGCUUGACUGGAUCAUUUUUGCAUCUUGGUACUGAUGAUUAUCGUGAUCGAAGUGGCGGUAUCAGCAUAUCUCUUGUGAGUCCUGAUGGCCGUGUCAUUGGUGGAGCUGUUGGUGGAAUGCUGAUUGCAGCCAGUCCUGUUCAGGUAAUAGUUGGGAGCUUUAUGUGCAAUACACCGAAGACAAAUCAGAAGAUGAAAGAAGGAAAUGAAGGUGGUGUAGAUUCAGAACAUUACACAGUUAACAAUACGAUGAUGGGUCCUCCAAGUGGUCGUCAGAGCCAAAAUCUAUCGUCUCCAACAUCCUCGAUGGGUGGUUGGGCUGCUCCUCAGACGUUGGAUAUACAAAAGUCUCACAUGGACAUUGAUUUGAUGCGUGGAUGAAAGCGUAGUUAUGGCUGUAAAUAGCUCUUUUGUUCUCCUAAAGUUUACACUAAUUAUGUCUAAUCUAACUAAUGUAUAUCAGCAGCUCAACCCAAAGAAUGGAGUAGGGCUCGUUUUAGGCUUGA